GAAAUCCCUUCUUCUAUUGUUUAAACUAUUAUUUAUACUAAAAAAAACAAAAAGAAAAGGCUUAAUUAUCAUAAUUCAGGCCCCGUGAUUUGAUUUUGUCUAUUUAGCUUAAAAAAUAUAUUUUAAAAGCUAACAUCUUUGUUUUAUCAUAAUUUAGGGCACUAUGUCCACCAAUGAGAAAUUAUACAAUGAUACCGUACCACCACGUCAGCUGGUAAUACUUUCAUUCAAAAUAUACCACGUAUUACUAUUAUUUUUAAAUAAUUAAAUCUUUUUUAUACAGCCGGACGUUAAAUAUGUUUUUAUCUUUAAAAUAAAAUUGGGAAAAUAAGAAUAUCCAAAAGACAGAAGAACCACCACCCACCCCGACCCUGGCUCCCUUGACGUACGCGCCCUCCCUAUCAUUUUCUUCCUCCGUCCAUCUCUCUAUUCCAUAAACAACAACCAUAUCUCUAUUUCAUUGGAUCGACGUGUAGAGAGCAUCAUAACGCCUUUUUUCUUUUGGUUGAUUUUUCUCCACAAUAUUACCAAAGGGAUUAGGAUUCUCCUUCUCCUCCUCCUCCAUCGCUCACUUUCUAAUACAUAUUAAGACAAAAAACACCAACCCAGUUUACAGUUUACUUUUUUUUUUCUCUUGAGCUAUGCUUGAAAAUGAAAACUCAAGUUGAAGAUUUAGAAUUUUUUUCGAACUAGGUUUAAGUGAUGGAUACUCCUGACAUACUUAGAAUAUAUGAUAUUGGUUUUGUUUUCUGCUCCCAUGAUUUAAGAGAUCUUGCAGAUUUUUAUGGAGAGAGAGAGAGAGAGAGAGAGAGAGAGAGAGAGAGGGAGGGGGCGGCAAGCAGUGGGAGUGGGGAAAUUGGGUUGGGUUGGGGUGGGAGGGAGGUGGUUAUGGCGUCUUUGGUUUUUUGUCUUUCUAAAAAUUUAUUCUAAAUGUAAAUAAUUAUUUUUAAAUACAGCUUGUAAAAAAAUCAGAUUUAUUUAUAAAAAAUUGACAUAUAACGUAUUUUUAGUGGAAAUAUCAUCAAUGUCAUACAGUAUUAUUCUAUAAUUUAGAAGCCCGUAUUAGAAACCCAAACUGUCAAGGAGAUGUCAAAUUUAAUGUGGAGGCCAAGUCAGCUUGAGGUGGUUUUUGUAGUUUUUUACAAGCUGACUUCUCCUACGCGUUGGAUUUGACAUCUAACUAUAGUUUCCCAACCGGUAGGGCCCAUGAAAUAGAGGGUUGGUCAGUUUGCAUUUUAACGGGGUUUAGGAAUUUAAUACCUCACUUUCAACGCAAUACGACCCUCAGAGUCAGAACUGUCGGCCAUCACUCAUAUCCUAUUUUUUAUCACAAAAAUUCAGCAAUCCUCCUCCGUGAAUUAUGUUUCCCGCGGUGUUCUACAUUAUUCAGAUUGGAUUCCUUUUAAUCUACUCUGCUAAUCUAUUCUUUCUUUCUCUCUCUAUUGUCUAUUUCUGCACUCAACACCAUCAAACUCAGCUAAAUUCCAAAUAACAGAAAAUAUUAAAAAUUCAAUGUUAAAUAUGAGCAAAAAUUCAAGGAGUAUACCUAAACUUUUCCCUUUUUUUUUUUUUUCUAGAAAGAAACUAAUUGAAUCUCAUUGUUUAUUUUUUAUUGCCAAGUUAUUAUUUUAACAACAGUAUCUAAUUCUAUCAUAUCUUAAUCUCCGGCCCAUUUUCUCUCUCUGUCCUUAGCCUUCUACCCCUUCUUUCCUGGUUAUUGAACAUGAAAUCCCAAGCCUUUGUUCCGUUGGUUGGUUUUGGGAACUCUAGGAAAGAAAUUGAAUGGCUAAGAGCCCAUUGCAAACUAAGCCCAAUAAAUGUGCAAGCGAAGGUGAUGCAGCAACUUUGCACCCUUGUGGUCAUGCAAAUCGCCCUCAACACCAGACUCACUGGCACGAUUCAUGUAAUCACACCAACCUUGCAAGCUACCUUCCCCGCCAAUCUGCUGCGCACCUCUUAGAAACCCAUACCCUAUGAAACAAGAACAACCUUAUAAAUCUAAGGACCCCCGCUACAGAACCCCUGCCUCUCAUUUUUGUGCCACGAUUUUAAGCUAGGCUCUCUCUCUCUCUCUCUCUCUCUCUCUCUCUCUCUCUCAGCCACAGUGAUCUUCAAAGUCCCUUCAGAACUGGUAAAGAGGAAAACUAAAAGACGUCACAGAACAUAGUAAAGUUGCAAUCUGAAGGAGAAGUCAUGGCAAGGAGUAAUGUAGUUUCAUGGAGUCUCAUUGCUAUGGGGCUUUUCAGUUAUGUAUCUGUUCAAGCCACCAGAGAAGGGAGGUCUCUGAUAGAUCUCAGAGACAAGAGACUUGAUUUGGACAAUGGGUUAAAGAAUUGGCACGGUGAAGAGGCAACUUAUCAAGGGCUGACAGCUGAUGGUUACGGGGCAGGGCCUGGUUAUGGUUUUGGUGGUGGUGGGAGUGGUACAGGCAAUGGUGGCGGUAAAGGUGGAGGCUAUGGUGAUGGCAGUGGUGGCUUUGGAAGUGGUGUUGGGCAUGGUGGUAAUGGUGGCAAUGGUGGCGGAUUUGGUAAUGGUGUUGGAGGAGGUGGUGGGUUUGGUGGAGGCUCGGGCACAGGCCCAGGUUAUGGUGGUGGUGGGGUAGGUGGGGGUGGUGGAGGAUAUGGUCACGAUGAGAGGAUGAAUUAGGUCCAUGAAAAUCUUCACUGAUUUUACUAAAAUCAGAUAACUCUUUUCCAGCAAUGCCUUAGAGGACAAGAAAGAAAAAAAAAACAAAUAAAACCUCUCUACUUCUGUUCUGUAGCUCUUUAAUUUUCCAUGCUGUAACUCUGUUAUGAAAUAAAUCAAAGUAUUUGCCCUUUGCAUCAGUAGUAUUGAAGUUACUUCUUCUGAUACACUUAGCUUGGUACAGGUGUGCUGUUUAUCUUAAGCACAGAGAUAGGACAGAACGACAAAUAUUCUAUACAUGCCACCAAUUGUGUGCCCAACAAUAACUAUGACAACUCCUAUGACAAUAACUACGACAACUCCUAUGACAACUCAUGUAAUGCCAGGGUCAAUGAGAAAAUUCAACGAUUAGAAACCUAAUAUAUUAAGGAAAAAUUGCAGAGAAAAUACAACCAAAAAACAUUGUAAAACUAUAUGUGAAUAAUUUAACUUUAACAACAACCAAAUGACAUUGCCAAGAAACAAAAGAUAAAUCACAUCUAUCUAUGCACGCAUACAUGCACAACAGACAUAAGAGGGAAAGAAAUAACAGAGAUUUUGUGAAGAAGAGGGGUAUCCUUCGAAGCCAACUGAUUUUCCUUUACCCAGGAAAAGGUUUUUCUUUCAUUCAUGUACAAAUUUCAGAACAGCAUUACCAUUUAGUUGUAUAAGACACACUGUUGUUCUGAUCUCCUAAGAACAUAACCUCUGAUUUUGUUCUGUCUUUUUGUUUCUUUUCUGAAUAAAAUUGACUUAUUCUUCUUCUCUUUUUUUUUUUCUCUUUUUUGGAAGAUUUAAUCAAACCCAGGAUAAUAGCACCUGAGGUUAGAAAGGUCAAGAUAUAGACCAACGAUGUCAUCAAGUGGCCUGAAAUUUUUACACUAAACCAAGUUAUAUGCGAUCUGUCAAGGGUGGACGUAGGGUGGAGACUGAAGACUCUUUCAAUGUAAUGCUAAGUAACUAAAGCUCAGAUGUUGCAUUCUAUACUUUUCAUAUGCUAAAAAAAACAUUGAUGUGGAGAGGCAUGAUUUAUGAAAACCUAGGGAGAAUACAAGAUAAGAAAAUCAAGACAAGGGAUAAGUCAUAAAGAUAACUAAAAGCAAUGAGCAGGACCAUUUUAAAGCAUAUGGCAAACUGUAAACUAGUUGGAAUUGUAACAAUCCAAUCCCAUGAAACAUUUGAAUCUAUCAUUUGCUGCAUUUGGUUACUUUUUCUCAUUCUAGUUCAACUGAUUAUCUAUCAAGAAGGUAAAACAGAACACAAAGUUUCUGAAAAACAUUGCAGAUCAUUAAAAUGUAUGUUGCUAAUGUGAUUAUAGCUUUUGUCAUGCACAUUGCCGACGUAUACAAGAAGAAGCAACAACGACAUUAAUAGGCCCUCUGUUUCUAAUCUAACUUUACAUGAAACCUCAUAUUUCUCUGUAAUAUCUUAUCUCUAACAACAAUUGUUCCCAUAGUUCAAUUUACACCUUUUGGGCAAACUAAUAAUUCCCAUAGUUCAAGUAUAAUGCAAUUGAUUUAUGCCUGACAUUUUACUCUUGUUUUUCUCAAUCCCCAAUCUAGCAAUUUACAUUUAUAUUUUCAUGGUAAGGUGUAAGAUAUCUAGGUUCAAAUUACCAUUUUCUGAUUUCACCAUUUUGUAUCUCCACCAUAUUAGAAUUGAGACACCAGUAAAGCAAGCAUAAAGAUAUGCAUAGCUACACAAACUAAUUAUAUCAACAGAGAAAAAUAACAGGAAGUCUAGUACCACUUGGCACAAAUCUGAAGAAGAGUUGAGAGCCGUAGGCUGAGGUUCAAAUGCCCCCUUCGAAAUUCAAUAUAGCUCCACCUGCACACCGCGACCGCCAAUAUUUGCCAAGCGAUCAUCGUCCUUCAAAUUUCACAGCAGCAGUAAAAUCAUCAUCCAACUCACUCUUCUCAAUCCCUUCCCAAUCAUCCUCAUCACUAUAAUUGUUGAAUUUAACCUCACUGGCCACGUGUGCCUCAGCCCUAACUUCCUCAGGUUGUGCAGAAACGACAUCGUUUGUUGCUGAUUCAGCGCCAAUUUCUUCAACUCCUCUCUUCUCCGAGCUUUGCUGAGCCUCGUGGCCACGUUCACGAUCAAAGUCGGUAGCUUUCAGUUUAAUCUCAUUCGCUUCGCUCUUUCCCUUUGCUUCAUCGAAAGCCACAGCACUAAGCUCCUCAGAUUGUGCAGUAACGACGUCGUUCGUUGCUGAUUCCGCCCCAAUUUCUUCAACUUCUCUGUUCUCCAAGUUUUGAUGAUCGAAGUCUCUCGCUUUCUCAACCGACACCUUCUCCUCGCC